UGUAGCUCAGUUGCGAUAUAAGCAUCCAGGCAAAAACAGUGAAGAGUUUAUUUUGCAGUGAUCAGAGUUCAGUGUACAAGAGAUAAGCAAUAUUAAAUGGGAAUGAUCCAAACAAGUGACUGUUUCAAGUGUGAUGUUGUUGUGGUUUUUCUUUUGGGUGCAUUAACGCUGCUAUAUUUAUUUCUCAAAUGGAAAUAUUCGUAUUGGGCUCGAACUGGUUUUAAAACACUUCCAGGUUUUAAUUAUAUUGUUGGGCAUAUAAAAGAAACCGCCCUACAAAAAGAAUCAAUAACGAACGUUCUGUUGAAAUUGUACAAGGCAACCGAUGAGCCCUACAUUGGCAUUUAUACGUUAUUUCGCCCAGCUUUGAUGAUUCGUGAUCCAAAAUUGGCGCAGGCAAUCCUCAUCAAAGACUAUUUACACUUUCCAGAUCGUGGCAUUCAUUCCAAUGAAAGUUAUGAUCCACUAUCUGGAAAUUUAGUUGCUUUGCCAUUUUCCAAAUCGAAAACAUUGCGAGGGAAAUUGACACCAGCAUUUACUUCAGGCAAACUUAAAGCAAUGUUCCCCACACUGCUCGAUUGUGGUUCAAUGCUACAGAGUUAUCUAAAAAACCUGGCAAAUAAGAGUGAAUUGCUUGAUGUGCGAGAGAUAUCAGCCAGUCACGCAACGAAUGUUAUUGCUUCGGUUGCAUUUGGCAUUGACGUGGACACGAUCAGUGAACCGAACAACGAGUUUCGUGUCUGUGGCCGAAAAAUUUUCGAAUGCACCAUUCUGAAUGGAAUUCGAAAGCUUAUCAACGUUGUAUUGCCAAAUCUACUGGAUUUGUUGCGCAUUAAAUCGUAUGAUUCGAGCAUUGAACGCUUCAUAAUGUCCGUCGUCAAAAUGAAUUUGAUGUAUCGAGAACAAAAUAAUAUUGUUCGCAAAGACUUUUUCCAGUUGUUAGUGCAAUUGCGGAACAGUGGAACUGUACAAUUGGACGAUCAAUGGGAAACGGUGAUCAAAACCGAUGAAAAACACAAGGAAAUGACCUUGAACGAAAUUGCCGCUCAAACGUUUGUCUUCUUCGCUGCGGGAUUUGAAACGUCAUCGAGCACACUCUCAUUUUGUUUGUAUGAAUUGGCAAAGAAUCCCGACAUUCAGCGGAGAGUGCACGAAGAUAUUGACAACGUUUUAAAAGAGCAUGAUGGAAACAUAACGUAUGAAUGCAUGUCGGAAAUGAAGUUCUUGGAAACGUGCAUUGAAGAGACACUCCGAAAAUACCCUGUUGCAUCUGGGUUGCCACGAUCGUGUGUUAAAGACUACCCAAUACCUGGAACGAAUAAUGUAAUCAAGAAAGGAGCUGAAGUGAUUAUUCCCGUAAUAGGAUUCCAUCAAGAUGAACGAUACUUCGCGGAUCCAGAAAAAUUCAUGCCCGAGCGUUUCAAUGCAGCAAACUCAGCUGGAAAGAAUCAAAUAAAUCGGCCAUUCUACCCGUUCGGAGAUGGCCCGCGAAAUUGCAUCGGCAUGAGAUUGGGCAAAAUACAAACAUUAGUCGGCCUUGUUUUGAUGUUACAACAUUUUCGAUACGAAUUGGAUGAAAAACUUAAGGAUCGAGAAUUAAAAUUUGACCCAAGAUCUCUUUUACUUAAACCAUUGGAUGUCAUCAAUCUGCAAAUUUUCAAACGCACACCACAUAGUACGACUGAUGCAAAACAUAGAACCAAUUUCAACAUAGAUCAGUGGAGAAAAAAAAUGGCUCUGUUAACAAAUAGUUGGACAAUAGAUUUAUUGUCACUAUUCAUUGGUGUCUUUACAAUCCUGUACUUAUAUGCCAAACGACAAUACUCGUACUGGGAUAGGAAAGGUUUCAAAACCUUACCAGAAGUGAGCUAUAUAUUCGGACAUUUCACAAAUUCAUUUUUGCAAAGAGAGUACUUUGGUGAGCUCUUUGCUAGACUCUACAAAACGACAGAUGAAUCGUUUAUCGGUGUUUACAGUAUAUUACGCCCGAUGUUACUACUUCGAGACACUGAACUCAUCCAAUCGGUUUUAAUAAAAGACUUUUCACACUUUACGGAUCGUGGUGUUCAUUGCAAUGAAGAGUUUGAUCCGAUGUCGGCGAAUUUAGUUGGAUCACCUGGUCAGAAGUGGCGUAAUCUACGUUCGAAACAGUCACCCGCCUUUACGUCGGGGAAGCUCAAAGCAAUGUUUAGCACUUUGGUCGAUUGCGGUGUUGGUUUACAAAAAUAUCUAGAGAAAUUGGCCAAGAAUAAAGAACAAGUUGAUGUGCGUGAGAUAACAGCGUGUCAUCAAACGAAUGUGAUUGCAUCGGUUGCCUUCGGUAUUGAUGUGGAUUGUGUUAACGAUCCGGGCCACGAUUUUCGCAAAUACGGUCGUAUGGUCUUAGAAUUAAAGGGUUGGAAUGCCAUUCGGUUUGCGAUGAAUUUUAUCGCGCCCAAGCUUAUGACUUUCUUCCGCAUCAAGUGCCUUGAUCAACGUGUAGAGGAUUUCGUUAAAUCGAUGGCAAAACAAACGUUAGACUAUCGAGAGCAGAACAAUGUCUGCCGAAAGGAUUUCUUCCAAUUGCUGAUUCAGUUGCGAAAUACGGGAUCAAUUCAGUUGGAUGAUGAAUGGGAAACGGUGAUUAAGGCCGACAAGAAAAUGACUUUGAACGAAAUUGCAGCGCAAACGAUCGUAUUUUUCGCAGCUGGCGUAGAAACAUCAUCAACAGCUCUUACGUUUUGUAUGUACGAGUUGGCGAAAAAUCCUGAUAUUCAGGCACGAGUGCACGAAGAAAUCGAUCGAGUCUUAGAGAAACAUGACGGUAAAAUUACUUAUGAAUCCAUGUGUGAGAUGAAGUACUUGGAGGCUUGUGUUGAUGAGGCACUUAGGAAAUAUUCCGUAGCACCGAUGCUGGAACGCACUUGCGUCAAAGACUACACUAUCCCAGGAACUGAACUUGUGAUUGAAAAAGGAAUUGAUGUACUAAUUCCAAUUUAUGCCUUGCAGCAUGACGAACGCUAUUGGGAAAAUCCAAGCAAAUACGACCCGGAACGAUUCUACAAUGCUGAGUAUUCUGUUGGAAAAAAUCAAGUGAAUAGACCCUAUUAUGCUUUUGGCGAUGGACCGCGAAAUUGCAUUGGUGCGAGACUUGGUCACUUGCAAACUAGAGUCGGAGUAAUCAUGCUGUUGCAAAAGUUCCGAUAUGAACUGGAGGACCGGCUCAAAAAUGAAGAGUUGAAAUUUGACCCUCGAGCUUUUCUCUUGUCUCCUUUAGGUGGACUUAAGCUGUAUGUGUUUGAGCGAUAAAUUUUAACUGCGUCACUUCAGCGUAUCAUAAAAAAUGUCUUGAGUGUACUUCUCAUUUGUCGAUUAUUGCCAAAGACUUUCAACCAUUGUGUUUGCUUUGCUAGAAGAAUUUGUGCACGUAUUGUUCACAUGCCAAUCAUAUAUUAAACUAUUUCACAUGACUUUGUGCCGGCAAUCAGUAAAAAAGCAAUAAAAGUUCAAAACAAUACCUUA